AUGGCGGGAAAGGUUGACAGCAUAGUGACGAAAGGAGCAGUUCAGACGCCGCUUGAUUUGAAAUAUUUGCAAGUCAAAACAAAGAUGCUAGUUUACAUUAAGUCUCUAGCAAACUUCGUCAUUCCAAGAUGGGGAAGCCAGGAGGUACUGCCUCGAGGAACAGAGGACAUUUUACAAAAGAACUAUUCCAUUUCAAGCACGCUGCAAGAAAUAGAAGUGCCAUUGAACGUGACAUGGAGGCAUUGCCUGUUAUCUUCUAGAAUUAAGCAUGCAUAUUCCCCAGGCCAUUAUCACAAGGUAUUCUGCGGAGGUGAAAAAACAAACAACACUGAAAUGGCUCAAGGAGGCUGUAUUGGUGAUUCUGGAUCUCCCUUGGUUUGUGAAGGGAGCAACGGUGUAGCGUUGUUUGGUUUGAUGAUAGGUGGAGACAAACGCUGUAUUCCAGGAGGGAGCUAUAUGGGAUUUGCUGAUAUUGCAAAGCAUCACAUGUGGUUGAUUUCGUCAAUUAAGGGUUAA